ACCAACGGUGGCCAGUUCGGUUGCGUCCAGCGGUGCGGUCGGGAGCUCAUCUCGCACCGAGUCCUUGCACCGAGUGGCACCGACAGUGAUCGCGAUCCUCGAGGAUCCCGUGUAAGUGAGUGUGCCAAGUGAUAUUAAAGACCCCCAAAAAAAAACAGUGAAGUCAUGCCAGUGCCGUCCAGUAUCAGCAAUCGCUCGUCAGGCGACCCAGUGAAGGGACAGAAUGGAGUUGGGUUGACCAACCGGCCAACUGGUAAAACCAUGCUCCAUCAAUCGCGUACCCGCUUUCUGCCCGUUGAAUUCGACCGGAAUGGGAAAGCCACCCCGAAACCGGAUCCCCUGAGGUCAGCGAACGUGCAGGAUUACUACAAGCUGCGGGACGACUGCCUGCGUCGCGGUGUCCUCUUCGAAGAUCCCGAGUUUCCGGCCGAUGACACGUCGCUCAAUCUGUCGUCGCCUGCGGGUGGCCGUGCGGGCAAGUUCAAAUGGAUGCGCCCCCGUGAGCUCCACCCCGAUGCCGUCUUCAGUUCGGAUGGAUUCUCACGGUUCGACAUCCAGCAGGGACUGCUCGGUGAUUGCUGGUUACUGGCGGCGGCUGCCAACUUAACCGUACAUCCGGUACUCUUCAAUCGUGUCGUACCGGAGGAUAACGAUGGGCUGGCACCAGCGGAUAGCAGCAAAGGGUACGCCGGGAUAUUCCACUUCCGCUUUUGGCGCUUCGGCCAGUGGUACGAUGUGGUGGUCGAUGAUCGACUGCCGACGAUUUAUGGACAGCUCGCUUACAUCAAAUCGUCCCAGAAGCAGGAGUUCUGGAGUGCGUUGUUGGAGAAGGCGUACGCCAAACUAUUCGGUUCGUACGAGGCACUUAGCGGUGGAUCGGCCAGCGAAGCGAUGGAAGAUUUUACCGGUGGUCUCACCGAAGGCUACGAGCUGAAGAGUGCACCACAGAAUUUGUUCGAAAUCAUCGAGAAGGGCUGCACUAAUUAUGCGAUGUUUGCAUGCAGUAUCGAGGCUGGUGCGGGCGAAAUGGAACAGGAGACACCGCAGGGACUGGUGAAGGGUCACGCGUACUCCAUCACCAAGGCACAGGUGGUGGAUAUCGAGACACCAAGAGUGAAGGGUAAGAUUCAGUUGAUUCGACUGCGCAAUCCUUGGGGCAACGAGAACGAGUGGAAUGGUGCCUGGUCGGAUAAGAGCCCGGAGUGGCGCUUCAUCAAGGAGGAAACGAAACGCUCGAUCGGCCUGACGUUCGAGAUGGACGGUGAGUUCUGGAUGUCGUAUCCGGACUUUCGGAAGUACUUUGAUCGCAUCGAAAUGUGUCACCUCAGCCCGGACUGUCCGAUCGCGCAGCGGGAAGGACGGUUCGGUUGGCGGCAAUCAUCGUUCGAGGGUGAAUGGGUGAAGGGUAGUACGGCCGGUGGUUGUCGGAACUAUCUCGACACGUUCUGGCACAACCCCCAGUACGUGAUCGAGCUGAACGAUCCGGAUGAGCAUGAUGAUGAGCGACAGUGCACACUGAUCUUGUCGCUGUUGCAGAAGAACCGCCGAUCGAAGCGUAACAAGGGCAUUGCUUGUUUGACGAUUGGAUUCGCUGUGUAUCGAUUGGAGGCGAGCGAUCUGAAGCAGAAACCCCUCACCAGGGAUUGGUUCGCUACGCACCUGAGCAAGGAGAAGUCGACGUUUAUUAACCUGCGUGAAGUGACGUGCCGGUUCCGGUUGGAGCCGGGUACGUACCUCAUCGUACCGUCGACGUUCGAUCCGAACGAGGAAGGCGAAUUUAUGAUCCGUGUGUUCUCCGAGUGUGCCAACAAUAUGCAGGAGAACGAUAGCGCCAUCGAUGUCGAUACACCUCAGGUAACACCACCAAAGUCUGCCAAGAAUGGGGGUAGCAUUGCACGCACGACACUAAACGACCCCGAACCGACCGUAACCCAAGAACAAAUUGCUGCCAUGAGCCGCCUGUUCCUCGAGGUAGCCGGCGAAGAUGGAGAGGUGGACUGGAUGGAGCUAAAGCUGGUGCUGGAUCGCUGUUUCCGAGAGGAUAUCGCAAAAGCGGCCCAGGGGAUUUCACGAACGUACGCCACACCGACGAACGCGGCACCAUUCAAACAGAACCCUUCCGAUCCAUCGGAACCGUCCGUUUUCUGCGAUGUUUGGUUAAUGUUGGGUUCCUUUUUCAACAAUCUCGCCGGUGGUGACAAUCGACCGAGUGUGCGGCCCACGGCAGCUGCUGGCGAAGAUACGGACCUUAUGCUGAGCGCAACGGCCACACAGGUUAAUGCGGAACCAUCAAAUCCGGGAUUUUCCAAGGACGCUUGCCGCGCUAUGGUCGCCAUGCUGGAUGAGGAUGGUUCGGGUAAGCUCGGAUUCAACGAGUUCCAGAAGCUGCUGAUGGAAAUUGCCCGCUGGAAGGCGAUCUUUAAGCAGUACGAUCAGAACCAGAGUGGACGCAUCAAUCCGUUCGAACUCCGGGCUGCUCUACAAUCGGCGGGAUACAGUCUGAACAAUCACAUCGUCAAUAUGCUGAUGCAUCGGUACGGAUCGAAAGAGGGAGAAAUUUGGUUCGAUGAUUUCGUGACUUGUGCCGUCAAGAUACGGACAAUGUUUGACAUUUUCCGCUCAAAGGAUCUACGCAACCGCAACGAAGCCUGCUUCUCGCUGGAAGAGUGGAUAACGAAAACGAUCUAUUCUUGAGCCAUUACGCUGAAUGGACUGGACCAAGUGCUGCAUUCUGGAGCGUGAGGAGAACC